GCGAUCCCUUCUUCCGAGCAUUCCCCGAACGCACACUGAGCAAUGUCCACGCUCAUUCCGAUUCGGGACGCCGGCGUCGCCGCCGCUGCAGUCGACGGAGUCGACGGCUUCUACUCUCCGGCGAAGCAGAAAGCCGCCAACCGUGGCGCCUAUGGUAACCGCCCCCUUCUUUCCCUUCGGCGAGCCAAACAGUUUCUCGGCGCCGCGAAGUUCAAGCUCUUCUUGGCGUUCUGCGCCUUCUCCGUCGUCGUUUUCGUCAACUCCCGGCUCAGUUCAUGGAUGGGUUGGAAUCCUCACCACCCUUCUUCCGUUUCUUCUACUUCAAGGGGUGGCUAUACUGUGCUUAUAAACACUUGGAAGCAAAAUUCUAUCCUAAAACAAGCUGUUGCUCAUUAUGCAUCCUGUCGUAGUGCUGAUGCAAUACAUGUGGUGUGGAAUGAAAGUGAACCACCAUCUGAAAUGCUGAAAACAUAUCUUGAUAAGAUUGUGGAUUUGAAGUCUCAGAGAGCUCACAAACCAAACAUUAGAUUUGGUAUCAAUGCAGAAGAUAAAUCAAACAGCAGGUUUAAGCCAAUGAAGGACAUAUGGACAGAUGCAAUUUUCUCAGUUGAUGAUGAUGUUAUUGUUCCAUGCCAUACUCUAGAUUUUGCUUUCUCUGUCUGGCAAAGUGCUCCAUUCACAAUGGUGGGAUUUGUUCCUCGAAUGCACUGGCUGGAUAAGGAGCUAAACAAUGUUGCAUAUUAUAGAUAUGGAGGAUGGUGGUCUGUUUGGUGGAUGGGCACUUAUAGCAUGGUUCUCUCAAAGGCUGCAUUCUUUCACAGGAAAUACUUAGAUUUAUAUACUAACCAGAUGGCUCCAUCAAUUCAGGACUAUGCUUCCAGGGAGAGAAAUUGUGAAGACAUUGCAAUGUCCCUUCUUGUUGCUAAUGCUACAGGUGGUCCUCCAAUAUGGGUGAAAGGCAAAAUCUAUGAGAUUGGGGCAUCGGGCAUUAGCAGUCUGAGAGGGCAUAGCCACAGGAGAAACAAAUGUCUCAAUGAUUUAAUAUCACUUUACGGAAGUCUUCCUCUUGUUUCAACUAAUGUCAAAGCAGUUAGCGCUAGUAAUGAAUGGUUAUGGUAAGUUCUGUUCUUGCAUUAAUCAGCACCGAUCCAUUCCACACGGCAAGAAAAAAGGGAAAAAAAUUAAAAGAACAGAACGAAAGAGUAUGGGUCAUUGAUUAAGGAAUCUGUCGGCAUAUUAUCUGUAUAUACAAGUUCUACUGAAGUGUCUCACAAGGUUUUGAUUCAUUAAUUUCUGAUGCAAAACAUGGUGUAAUUUGCAUCUGCGUUUUAUUAUUUGUAUUAAUUCUGCAAGAAGCUUAUUGGAGAUGCUCCACCUUAGAGAAUGGGUUGAUAUAGUGAAGGAUCUAUUAUUUUUCUUAUGUAACUCUAAGAAUGGCUUUACAAAUACGUAACGUAACCACACAGCACCUAAA